AUGGCGCCAAAAGUUGCCUUGAUCACAGGUGGAGCAAAUGGAAUGGGACUGGCAGUUGCUGCUGCGCUGUCUACACGUCCUGAAUGGGAAAUCCACAUCCUCGAUAUCAACUCAGACAGCGGCACAAAAGCAGCUGAGGGUCUUGCCCGCACGACCUUCCACUACGCAGAUGUCACAAAGUACCAGAUCCUGAGCGAGGCGUUUCAGAAAUGCUUCCAGGCGCACAAGAAACUCGAUUUUGUGUUCGCCAAUGCCGGCAUGAUCGAGCGGUUCAACUUCUACGACUCCCACCCCUUCGGUUCCGGCGAGAUGGUGGCGCCGCCACCGGAACCCGAUCUGCUAUCAAUCGAUGCAGACUUAAAAGGGGUAAUCCUGACGACGUAUCUAGCGCAGCAUUACUUCCGCGCAUCGCCGGGCAAUGGCGUUGGGGCCAGUAUUGUGAUGACCGCUAGCUGCGGCGGACUGUAUCCGUCAUUCUACUCCCCACUGUACUCUUCAGCCAAAUUCGGUGUGGUUGGUUUCAUGCGCUCGAUUGCCCAGCAUUUCCAUGCGGGCGGCGUCCGUGCCAACGCCAUUUGCCCCGGGAUCGUACGCACCAACCUGGUUGAUCAGAAGGGAUGGAGUGCCUUCCCCCAGCAUCGAUUCACCGAAAUGGAGUCGGUGGUCCAAGUGGUGCUGCAGCUGGUGGGCGAGGGCGAGGGCGAGCCCGGCUUGACAGAUGCACGCGGUACCCACGUACCCACCGACAGACUCUUCGGCCAGGCCGUGGAGAUCUCGGACACUGGCGUCUACUUUCGCGAGCAGCAUUCCUUUUGCGACGACGGCAUGCGCGAGGUGAUGGCUGCGACGGUGCUGGAGAACCAGGUUGGGGCCAUUUUGAACAAGUAG